GGCCGGGUGCCGGUCCUGCCACGCAGCCGCAGAGGCUCGGGCCCGCGGGCGGGCGGCAGGAAGAGAGGCGACGCCCCCUGGAGCGCGGCAGGAACCCGGCCGGGCCCGCCCCCCAGCCAGCAGAGCCGCGCCGGCCCCAGCGGUGAUGAAAGCGGCGGCCGAGUCCAGGUCACGCCGAAGCCGUUGCCCUUUUAAGGGGGAGCCUUGAAACAGCGCCCGGGUUCCAUGUUUGCAUCCGCCUCGCGGGGAGGAAACUCCAUGUUGUAACAAAGUUUCCUCCGCGCCCCCUCCCUCCCCCUCCCCCUUAGAACCUGGCUCCCCUCCCCUCCGAAGCUCGCGGGGAUCCCUCCCUCCCACCCCUCCCCUCCCCCCCGCGCCCCGAUUCCGGCCCGAGCCGGGGGGGAGGCCGGGCGCCCGGGCCAGAGUCCGGCCGGAGCGGAGCGCGCCCGGCCCCAUGGACAGCUCGGCCGUCAUUACUCAGAUCACCAAGGAGGAGGCGCGGGGCCCGCUACGGGGCAAAGGUGACCAGAAGUCAGCAGCUUCUCAGAAGCCCCGGAGCCGGGGCAUCCUCCACUCGCUCUUCUGCUGCGUCUGCCGGGACGAUGGGGACGCCCUGCCCGCCCACAGUGGGGCGCCCCUGCUGGUGGAGGAGAACGGCGCUGUCCCCAAGCAGACUCCAGUCCAGUACCUGCUCCCAGAGGCCAAGGCCCAGGACGUGGACAAGAUCUGUGUGGUCAUCGACCUGGAUGAGACCCUGGUGCACAGCUCCUUCAAGCCAGUGAACAACGCCGACUUCAUCAUCCCUGUGGAGAUUGAUGGGGUGGUCCACCAGGUCUACGUGCUGAAGCGGCCCCAUGUGGAUGAGUUCCUGCAGCGAAUGGGUGAGCUCUUUGAGUGUGUGCUGUUCACCGCCAGCCUUGCCAAGUAUGCAGACCCAGUAGCUGAUCUACUGGACAAGUGGGGGGCCUUCCGGGCGCGGCUGUUUCGUGAGUCCUGCGUCUUCCACCGGGGCAAUUACGUGAAGGACCUGAGCCGGCUGGGCCGAGACCUGCGGCGGGUGCUCAUCCUAGACAACUCGCCCGCCUCCUACGUCUUCCAUCCAGACAACGCCGUACCAGUGGCUUCCUGGUUUGACAACAUGAGUGACACAGAGCUCCACGACCUCCUGCCCUUCUUCGAGCAGCUCAGCCGCGUGGAUGACGUGUACUCAGUGCUCAGGCAGCCAAGGCCCGGCAGCUAGUGAGGUGCCCCGGGGGCCAGGACCUGCCCCUGACCGGUGCCCACGCCCCUCACACGUGGACUGUUCCUUGAGAAAACCCAGCGGCCGCUGCCGCCACCUCAGCGUCAUGGGGAAGUGGGCCCUCCCCACCUGCCUGGCCAGGCUGUGAAAGGGGCAGCGGGCUGCACCAAGGGCGAUGAGCCCCUGGGUCCCUGUGUCAGUGCCUUAGAACCUCCUCCUUCUUCGUGGGGGACCUGUGGGACCCUGCGUGCAGCUCCCCCUUUUUCUCUCUCUCUCUGCUGCCAUGUUUCUCUGCUGCCAAAUCGGGCCCCUUGGCUCUGUCUGGUUCUGCUUGGGGGAGGGGCAGGGCUCUUGCUGCCCCAUGCCUUGGGCCCCCAGCCUGGGAACAGUGGACACCAAGUGCCUUGCAUAGAGCCCUUUUCCCUGCCCUGUUUUCCCAGGGCCACGAUCAGGUCGGCUCUUGCCCGGAACAGUCUCCAGAUUGCUGCAGUCUAGCCUGGCAGGGGAGGAACCAGUCUCCGCACCUCCUCCCUUGGGACUGACACAGACCCCCACCAAUCUCUGCCUAGGAGGGCAGGGAGGGAAGAUCUGUUACCACUUGUGAAGGGAGCAGGGUGCGUCCUAUGGGACCCCGGAGUCCAGUUUCUCUAGGCUCAGCAGCAGCUGAAGGCUGCUCUCCACGCCAAGACCUGACCCCUCACAUCUGCCUUGACCACCCUAAGGCCCUGGGGCUUGGCUCCCCCAGCUCCUAGUGUGGGGGCAUAGGCAAGACCCCUUUGUGGUGCCAUAUAAAUAUGUAUAUGUGUAUAUAGUUUUAGGGGAAGGGGAGAGGGAAGGGCUGGGGUAGAGAUACCCCUCCUUCACCCCUUUCCUGGACCCAUAAACUGGGGGGAGGGAGGGAAAGGAUUUUUACAUUUUUUAAACUGCUAUUUUCUGAAUGAAACAGGCUGGGCCAAGAAGUCCCAAGCCCUGUCUUCUGUCCCUCACACCCUCUUUGCUCCAAUUAUUCAUUCAAAACACAUUAUUAGCACCUUCUCUGUGCCCAGCUCUGUGCUAGGCCCACCAGCUGAGUGUGUGGGGUCCCUGCACCUAAUCAGUGCCUCCCCACCCACUCCAUACUUCACCGGUGCCUUUAGGGGAGCUGUAGGAGGUGGGACCCUUCUUGUGGGGUUUGGGGGUCUCCAGGAAGCCUAGCCAAGCUGUCUCCCCUCCCUAGUGUCAACCCAUCCCCUGUCGACCCCAGCCUCACCCCCUGCUGGCUGGGGGCAGCUCCCAGGACAUCCUGAUUUCCAGCUCUGACUUCUCUAUCUGGAACCCCUUCCCCCUAAAUGCUGAGUGUGGAGGUCAAGGCCUUGGGCUCUCCCCAAGGCCUAACGGUUAAGGGGACCCACGUAGCAGUGCCAAGGGGGAUGUCAAAUGGAGAUGUCAUUGCCCCCCUCCCCUCAGAACUGGGGGUGGGAGGGAGGACAAGGUUGGCCUGAAUCGGGUGACCUUCCCAUUUAAGUGCCUUCUCUGAUUGAAAGCCCCACACUAUGACAAGAACUAAAGAGAACGCCAGACCCCCA